AUGACUUUCCCUGAGCGCCAGAAGAUCCUGCUGCGCUUUGCCGACCUUCUCGAGGCAAACCAAGAGUACCUCGCGCAUCUGACGCGACUUACACUUGGAGCCCCCUAUUUGCCAUUCGGCAAGUCCGAGAUUGGAACCGCAAUCGGGUCGUUUCGCUAUUAUGCAGGAUGGAUCGACAAAUUUGCAGGCCAGUCCUUCCCUGCCGACGAUGGAUUUUACAAGAUUGUACGGAAUGAGCCUCUGGGAGUCGUGGCUGGAAUCAUCCCAUGGAAUGGUCCAUUAGCUUCAGUCGGUCUCAAAGCAGCCCCUGCUCUAGCUGCGGGCAACGUCUUCAUCCUCAAACCCAGCGAGAAAACCCCGUUGAUGGCGGCGGCACUGGGCAAGCUCGUUCUCGAGGCAGGGUUUCCUCCGGGCGUCUUCCAAGUGCUUCUCGGGGAUGGGAGCACCGGAGCACUUCUGGCUAGCCACAUGGAAGUGGCCAAAGUUAGCUUUACCGGCAGUGUGGCUACCGGAAAGGCAGUGCAAGUUUUAGCUGCCAAAAGCAACCUCAAACGAUGCACUCUGGAGCUCGGCGGCAAAAGUCCCGCAGUUGUGUUUGACGAUGCAGAUUUACCGAAUGCAGUGCAGUGGUGCGUGAAUGGUUUGACGAGCAACUCGGGACAGAUUUGUUUUGCGGCCUCGCGAGUCUACGUCCAGGAAGGUAUCUACGACAAGUUCAUAGCUGCGUAUCAAGAAGCUUUCGAGGCUAAGCGCGCCGUUAUUGGAGAUCCUGAUGCCCCUGGAUCGGAACUGGGACCUGUGGUUGACAAAGCGCAGUAUGAUCGCAUCAUGGGGAUUAUCGAUAAUGCCCAACAGGAGGAUCAAGGCACGUUGUUGGUCGGGGGAAAGCCACUCUUUUCAAAGGGCUACUAUAUUGAACCGGCAAUCUUUACCGACACAAAGCCGAAUGCGUCCAUUUACAAAGAAGAGAUUUUCGGCCCCGUCGUUGUGAUCAACAAAUUCAGGACUGAAGAGGAAGUCCUCGCCCGGUCUAACGCGAGUAAAUACGGACUGAUGGCGGGCGUCUUUACACAGGAUAUCAACCGCGCCUUGCGAAUGGGCUCAGGAUUUGACUCGGGAGUAGUUGGCAUCAAUUGCAUCAGCACCAUCCAUUUCUCGUGUCCGUUUGGAGGGACAAAGGAGAGUGGGCUGGGACGGGAGCUUGGGGUGAAUGCGCUAAUGGCGUAUACGGAGCCCAAAACAGUGUUGAUUAAUAUGAACUACUAG